AUUGUUCAUUCGCGCACAUCUGUAGCUCAUUUCACUUGAGUUGUUUGAGGGAGGAUGUUCAGAUUGUCUCAAUUAGCGAUAGGGUCAUUUUGUGCGAUCAAGAUGUAUAUUGUGUGUUUGCUGUUACUUCUAGCAUCACUGGUGGAUGGAAAUAAACAGCUGACCAUCCAGGAAGUAUUGGAACGAGUACACCGUACCCCGCCGGCAUUGGCUAAUGUCGUAGCUAGAGCGACAAAUGAAGUGCAUCUAUCAAAAAAUGGAAUGUCCAGCAGAAGAAUGAUAGUUGGUGGCGAAGAGACAACCAUCGAGGCUUAUCCAUAUCAAGUUGCUAUAUUAUAUCUUAACCAACAGUUUUGCGGUGGUUCUAUAAUAUCCGAUUCAUGGGUGCUUACAGCAGCUCACUGUUUAGAUUUUUAUCCUAAAAAUGUCGAUAUAUCUAUUCGCUCUGGAAGCUCUUCUAGAUCAAGGGGAGGAAGUAUUCAUCCCAUACACUACUAUCAUAUCCACGAGGAGUACAGCCCUACAGAUUAUCCACGUGAUGUGGCAACAAUACGAGUUAGAUAUCCUUUCAGUGCAGUUACAAGCCAAAUCGUUCCGCUUGCCAGCAGAGAAUGGAUCAGCGGGAAUGUUACAGUUACAGGAUGGGGUAAGAACUCCGAAGGAAAAAUUCCUGACGUUUUGGCAAAGGUAGUGCUCCCUGUAGUGAAUCGAGUAACUUGUAACACCUCGUGGGAUGGACUCAUAACUGACGAUAUGAUUUGUGCCGGCGAUAUGGGAAGUGAUUCGUGUGAUGGAGAUAGCGGCGGACCUGCUGUUCAAAAUGGUAUCCAGUACGGCAUUGUAUCUUGGGGUGGAACAAUUUGUGGCACAGCUUUGCCCGGAGUUUAUACAAACAUAGCUCACCCAGCAAUCAGAAAUUUUAUCGAACAAACCACUAUGGUAUAAAAUAUAUCAAUUAAGAAAAUGUGAGGAAAAUUAACUAAUUUGUAA